UGGAGAAUACAGAAGGGCAAAACUAAUCACAGGCAUGUCUUUUAUUUCAGCUGCGAAACUGGACUAACAUGGCAGCUGAAGAAUUUGCUAUGCAAGAAUUACGGAAUACAGAAGGAGCUCAGUAUAGUUCCCACCCCCAGAUAGCAGCCAUGAGACCAAGGGUUCAACCCGGAGAUAUGAGGCAGCCUGGAAUGCUGCAACAUGGUCAGCUGACAACCAUUAACCAGUCACAACUAAGUGCUCAGCUUGGUUUGAACAUGGGUGGAAACAAUGUUCCACAUAACUCCCCAUCUCCUCCUGGAAGCAAGUCUGCAACUCCUUCACCAUCCAGUUCAGUUCAUGAAGAUGAAGGAGAUGACACUUCAAAGAUCAAUGGGGGAGAAAAAAGACCUGCCUCUGAUAUGGGAAAGAAGCCCAAAACUCCCAAAAAGAAGAAGAAGAAGGACCCUAAUGAGCCACAGAAACCUGUUUCUGCCUAUGCAUUAUUUUUCCGAGAUACUCAAGCUGCCAUCAAAGGCCAAAACCCAAAUGCUACCUUUGGCGAAGUUUCUAAAAUUGUCGCUUCCAUGUGGGAUGGCUUGGGAGAAGAACAAAAACAGGUACAGCAAUACACAUAUACAUAUGUUAAGUUGAUUUAACUUUCCAUUAGAAAU